AUGGAGAUAGCCGACGGCGUGGUGCCCCGCCACCGCUUCAUGUCGGCCUACGAGCAGAAGAUCGAGCCGCCCGACCGCAAGUGGCAGUACCUGCUGUUCGCCGCCGAGCCGUACGAGACGAUCGCCUUCAAGGUUCCCAGCCGCGAGGUGGAGAAAAGCGAGGAGAAGUUCUGGACUCUCUGGAACAAGGACACCAAGCAAUUUUUCCUGCAGUUCGCCUACAAGAUGGAGCCGAAGCCGCCAAAGGACAUGGUAUUUGAGUUUCCGAAUCUGCUGCCCGAGGAGAAGCAGAAGGAGCUGUCGGACCAGAUGAAGGAGAUCGAGCUUGCGAGGGAUACAUACAAGAAGGACCAGGAACGCUUCAAAGACAGGCCCGGUGUGCCCACCUGGUUCAACUAG